AUGAGCGGAUACACACACUCAGAGCCCUUUGAUAUAGGCCUACUUCCUGUGGGUACACUACAUCGAGUCUACUACGAGCAAUAUGGAAGAAAGGAUGGAAAGCCAGUCAUUUUCUUGCACGGAGGUCCCGGAGGCUGCACUUCAAGAAAAAACACGACCUAUUUUGACCCAGCCAUCUACAGAGUGAUCCUACUUGAUCAACGAGGCACGGGGAAAUCCAAGCCCGCUACUGAGCUGCGUGAAAACAGCACGCCGGACCUUGUUUCUGAUAUCGAAGAACUUCGUCAACAUCUGUCAAUCUCCAAAUGGCAUCUUAUAUUCGGUGGGUCCUGGGGCACGACACUCGCUCUUCUGUAUUCCCAAGCUUACCCGCAGUUCGUGGGGUCGUUGAUUUUGCGGGGGAUUUUUACGGCCAGCAAGUCGGAGGUUGCGUGGUCACGAGGACCAUUGGGCGCGGCCAACAUCUUCCCUGAAGAAUGGGAUGCCUUCCAACGCUAUCUUCCCGAAUAUGAGCGUCAUGAUAUGACCGCUGCAUAUUACAAGCGACUUACAAGUGAUGACCAUACAACAAAGAUAGCAGCGGCCAAAGAAUGGAAUCGGUGGGACUUGAGUAUUGGGGAGCUGAGGAUUGACGAAGGUGGCUUCAAGCAAUUAGAUGAUGAUGCAUGGUCUUUGGCGCAUGCUCUCAUGGAGGCGCAUUAUUCGGCGCAUUGCUUUUGGUUGGAGGACAGACAGAUUCUCAAGCCAGAGAACUUGGCAAAAAUCCGGCAUAUUCCUGUCACCAUCAUACAGGGCCGAUAUGACAUGGUCUGUCCCCCACAAACUGCUUGGGAGCUGCACCGGUCUUUGCCCAAGUCACGACUAAUUUGGAUCCCUGACGCUGGCCAUAGUGCAAGGGAGCCUGGGACCCGUCUCGAGUUAAUUCGAGCAUGCGAUGAGAACGCUGUCCAGGAUUUCGAUACCCGCAUCUAA